AUGGAAAUGGACAACGACCCAGACCCGAAGAUGCAGACCGGAACACCGGGCCACCCAAUAAGCAUAUCAAGUGGUUCCCCAUUUCAGGGAUCACCGUACCGUGGGCCCGAUUCAUGUGAGGAGAGGAUGGCCACCUAUGAUUGGUACUUUACUCCUUCGUACCAUAACUCUCCAUCCCAACCACCUUUGGUUGAACCCCAGCUUCAAGCAGUUUCGCCACCACCACUUCCUGUUGAGGAGCCGCCUCAACAGCCACCUCAGCGACCUCCCGAGCCUCUGAGGCGAAGGAGGAAUGCACAUAUGUCCGUGCGAGGAGGACCUCGUUUUAGUUCUCCUCAGGGUUCGAGUUCUUACCCUCCUAUUCCAGAGGACCCCCAAAUGGGUGGGCCCUCGAACGCGGCGCCGGAGAUCGAUCCUCCGCCAGCUUCUUAUGCACCACCUCAACUGCCUAUGGGUUUUGACAACCCAAUCCCGACUUACCCAGGUUCUUCUGGGUACAAUCCUUUUGAAAACCCAUCGGGAUAUCCAUCAGAUUAUGGAACUCAAGACCCGUACCUUACAGCUGCACAAUACCAUCACCUUUACCCUUCUUCUUACCCUCCAGUUUAA